AUGGCAGACGCCUCAGCCGCCCCUGUUGCGGAGAAGUCUCCCCGGGGCAGCAGUGAGAAGGGUGACAAUGGCAAGCGGCCGACGACAGACGAUGUCGAGCCCGGCGAGAGCAACAGCGGCCUCGAGCGAGCCCUGCACAGCCAGCAUCUACAGUUCAUUGCCAUUGGAGGUACAUUUGGCACAGGAUUGUUCUUGGGAACGGGCUCUGCGUUAGCUGUCUCGGGCCCCUUGUCGCUUCUCAUCGCCUACGUUUUCAUCGCCACGGUUGUCUACUCUGUUAUGGUCAGUCUGGGCGAGAUGGCCUCGUACAUCCCAGUCGUGGGCUCUUUCACCGUCUACGGCACACGCUUCCUCGAUCCGGCAUGGGAUUUUGCUCUCGGCUGGAUCUACUGGUUCAAUUGGGCCAUCACAUAUGCUCUCGAGCUUACAGCAGCGGGUCUCAUCAUCCAGUAUUGGGACAAUAGCCUGAGCAUCGCCAUCUGGAUCGCCGUGUUCUGGGCCAUCUUCACGGCCGUCAACUUCCUGCCGAUCCGCUGGUACGGCGAGCUGGAGAUGUGGUUCUCCAGCAUCAAGGUCAUCACCGUCAUCGGCUUUAUUAUUUUCGCCAUCUGUGUGAACGCGGGCGUCGGCGACCAGGGGUACCUUGGCUUCAAGUACUGGGUGCAUCCGGGGCUGUUCGCGGAGCACCUCGUCGACGGCGCCAUCGGCAAGUUUGUCGGAUUCUGGGCGGUGCUCAUCACGGCCGGCUUCAGCUUCCAGGGCGCGGAGCUGGUGGGCGUGGGUGCGGGCGAGACGAGUAACCCGGAGAAGGCGAUCCCGUCGGCGAUUCGCUGGACGUACUGGGGCAUCACGGUCUUGUUCAUAGCCCUCGUCUUCUUCAUCGGCAUCGACGUGCCGUAUACCAACGAGAACCUGCAGAUGGACGCAACUGACGCUUCAGCGUCGCCGCUGGUCAUCAUCGCUGACCUCUCCGGCGUGCAUGUGCUGGCACACAUCAUUAACGCUGUCCUGCUCACCGCGGUGCUCUCAGCAGCCAACUCGAACCUCUACUCAAGCAGCCGCAUCAUGGUCGCCCUCGCCAAAGAAGGCCACGCGCCCGCCUUGUUCGCGCGCACAAACAACCACGGCACGCCGUACGUCGCCGUGGCGCUCUCGUCGCUGCUCGGCCUGGUCGGCUUCCUCAACCUCUCGGCCAGCGGCGCCGAGGUGUUCACGUGGCUGCUCAACAUCACGUCCGUGGCGGGCUUCAUCGCGUGGGCGCUCAUCAACGCGUGCCACGUGCGCUUCCGGCAGGCCCUGCGCGCGCAGCGCAUCCCCCUCGCGGACCUGCCGUACCUGGCGCCCUGCCAGCCGUGGCUGUCGUGGUACGGCCUGUUCUUCAACGUGCUGAUCCUGGUGACGAAUGGCUUUGCGGUGUUUAUCGACUGGCACACGAGCGACUUCUUUGCGUGCUAUGUUAGUCUGAUCAUCUUCGUGGCCCUGUUUGUCGGGUACAAGGUGUGGUUCCGCACGAAGAUGGUGCCGUUGAAGUGUGUGGAUUUGAACAGGUACAUAAAUACGGCGGAGGGGUUGAAUGCAUGA